AGGUUGCAAUUCGGUUUUGUUUAUCUGCUAUAGAUGUAGAUUUAUUGGGAUGUUUGACUUUUGAAAACAACACAGGAAAAAAGAACAUGUCUAAUAGAUUUCUUAAACCAGCUGAUGAAGGUGGUUGGCAGGAGGACAAAAGCGACGUUAACUCGCUUAACAGUACAACAUUUGUAUUUAAUAAAAACUUAGCGUUAGUUUUGGAACAGCAGAGAAAGAAACUACCAAUUUUUAAAAAUCGAAAUGACAUACUUUUCCUCCUUGAAAAAUACCAGACACUAGUGCUUGUCGGGGAGACAGGAUGCGGCAAAAGCACACAAGUCCCUCAGUACUUGCUAGAAUCUGGCUGGUGUGAGAAUGGAAAGAUCAUUGGCAUCACUGAGCCAAGAAGGGUUGCAGCGACUACUUUAGCCGUCAGGGUAGCAGAAGAAAGGGGCUCUCCAUUAGGCCAUACCGUUGGCUAUUCGAUACGCUUUGACGAUUGCACUGACCCUGACAAAACUAAAAUAAAGUACAUGACAGAAGGCUUGUUAAUGCGGGAAAUGAUGGUUGAUCCACUUUUGAGAUGUUAUUCAGUUAUUAUGCUCGAUGAGGUACAUGAAAGGACUCUUAACACUGAUAUUCUAAUGGGAUUGCUGAAGAAAAUUAUCAAGAAAAACACAAAUUUAAAACUAAUCAUUGCAUCAGCCACAGUUGAUGCUGAACUUCUGCAGCAGUUUUUCAAUUUGAAUCAGACUAGUGAUGAAGGACGAGACACAUCAACGAUUCUUAGUGUUGAAGGAAGAUUGUAUCCAGUCACUGUCCAUUAUGUCCGAGAACCUGUAGCAGAUUAUGUGAAGGCGACUGUUGAAACCGUUUUGAAAAUUCACACUGCUGAGCCUCAAGGUGAUAUCCUAGCUUUUUUGACAGGACAAGAAGAAGUGGAUUUAGCAGUUUCUUUGCUGUCGGAACAUGAAAGCAAGGACAAAGAAUUGAAAAUUUACCCGCUUCCUAUGUACGGCUCUUUACCAAACACAGAGCAGAUCAAAGUAUUUCGCUACACUCCAAAAGGAAUGAGAAAAGUAAUCCUGGCCACAAAUAUAGCUGAGACAUCAGUGACUAUACCAGGUGUAAAUUUCGUAAUUGAUUGUGGAUUUGUAAAGAUGAGAUGGUUUAAUGCUGAGAGUUUUACUGAUAGUUUGGUCAUUGUUCCAAUAUCACAAGCGUCAGCUGAGCAAAGGGCCGGAAGGGCUGGACGAAACAGACCUGGCAAAGUUUACAGACUUUACUCAGAGGAUGAUUAUGAGAAAUUGAUACCCGAGACACCUAGUGAAAUGAGAAGGUCAGAACUGAGCGGAGCGGUUUUGCAAUUGAAAGCUCUCGGUGUUGAUAACGUUGUCAGAUUUUCCUUUCCUACUGCUCCUCCAGCAAAAUCGCUCCUUGCUGCAAUGGAGCUACUUCACUCUCUCGGCGCUUUGACCGAGGAUGCACAAUUAACAAGGCCAAUUGGGAUACAGAUGGCAGAAUUUCCUUUAAGUCCAUUACAUGCAAAAUCCCUUUUAAAAUCAAGUGAAAUGGGCUGUUCAGAAGAAAUGGCGAUGAUUUUAGCUUUGCUUCAAAUUGAAAAUAUAUUCGUCACUGUUCCCAGUGGUGCUAUUUCCAUUAAAUCUAGAAUAAGAAGAAGGCUGUUUGAAGUGGAAGAGGGCGAUUUAAUAACUGCACUUAACGUUUAUAAAACUUAUUUGAGAAUUCCAGAUCAUGACAAGAAACAAUGGUGCUAUUUGAAUUUUGUAAAUAGAAAGGCAUUAAAAAGGACAACGCAUUUGCUAAACCAAAUGGAAUCUCUUUUAAGAGGUUUUAAUCUGGAAUUAGUUUCAUGUGAUGGAAAUGUGGAACUGUUAUGUAAAUGCAUCGCUGCUGGGUUUUUUCCGAAUGCAGCUUAUUUACACCCUUCUGGAGUGUACAAAAGUGUGAGAGGAAAUCAAGACCUGUAUAUUCAUCCAACGUCUGUACUUUACACACUUCAACAGCCACAGUGGGUUGUUUACACUGAUACAAUAUUUACACAAAAGUUAUUUAUGAGGGAAUUGACAGUCGUAAAGCCUGAGUGGUUAAUUGAGCUAGCACCACAUUUUUAUCACAGGACUGUUGAUAGAGGAUAAACUGCUGAAACUUAAUAAAUUUAAAAUAUUAUCAAUUGUAUUAAUUGUUGUACAUAUUUUGUAAAUACAUGUUUAAAAAAUAAUCUUUUUGUUAGAUAACUUACCAAUUGUUAACU